GCUCAAAGGCCACAUCAUAAAAGUCGAGGGCGGUAGCCGGUUAAUAGAAAAGAAAUCAAUUUACACACUCGAAGCCGCUGGUGAAAAACUGAGUACCAGCAGUUGGAGCAGGCAGUUAAUUACCCUUUCCGAUAAUCGAGCUAGUGAACCCCGGCGAAACGGCCAACCCGAGAGAUAUAGUGAACACCGUUUGUGGAGGUGACUCAUCAGUACACUGCAAUUACAUAAAUUUAUGAAAUCGAGCACACCUCAUCCACGGUCGAUUUGGAUACUUACAGCUUGCUGGUUGCUCCCCCUGCUCGGCCUAGCCCUCUCCCCGUUUCCACCGGUCCAUUCGGCUGACGUCACCAUGGCCGACGCCGCCCACCAGGAGUUCGCCCGCCGGCUGGCCCUUUUCUCUAUCAACGUGUACGACAAGCUAUCGGCUCAGAAGCCCGGCGAGAACAUCAUCUUCUCGCCCUUUUCCAUCCAGACCUGUGCGGCGAUGGCCAGGCUGGGUGCAGAAAAGGAGACGGCUACCCAGCUGGACCAGGGAUUGGGUUUGGCCUCCAGCGACCCAGAGCAAAUCGCACAGAGUUUCCACCAGGUGCUGGCCGCCUACCAGGACAGCCAGAUCCUGCGCAUCGCCAACAAGAUUUUCGUGAUGGAUGGCUACCAGCUGCGCCAGGAGUUUGACCAGCUGUUAUCCAAGCAGUUCCUCUCGGCGGCUCAGAGCGUGGACUUUUCCAAAAAUGUCCAAGCAGCGGCAACCAUCAACAAUUGGGUUGAGCAGCGGACCAACCACCUGAUCAAGGAUCUUGUGCCGGCUAGUGUAUUGAACUCAGACUCGCGACUGGUCCUUGUGAACGCCAUUCACUUCAAGGGCGCCUGGAAGCACCAGUUCAGUAAACACUUAACCCGCCCGGACACCUUUCACCUGGAUGGCGAGCGGACCGUUCAGGUUUCGAUGAUGAGUUUAAAGGAGAGUCUCCGCUAUGCCGAUCUGCCGGCGCUAGAUGCCACGGCCCUGGAACUGCCCUACAAGGACUCAGACCUCUCUAUGCUGAUCGUUCUGCCCAAAACCAAGACGGGUCUGCCCGCCCUGGAGGAGAAGUUGCGCCUCACGACCCUCUCGCAGAUCACGCAGGCGUUGUACGAAACAAAGGUGGCGCUCAAAUUGCCCAGGUUCAAGGCAGAGUUCCAAGUGGAGUUGUCUGAGGUUUUCCAGAAGCUGGGCAUGUCAAGGAUGUUCUCCGAUCAGGCUGAAUUCGGAAAAAUGCUACAAAGUCCGGAGCCAUUGAAAGUGUCAGCCAUCAUACACAAGGCCUUCAUAGAAGUCAACGAGGAGGGAACGGAGGCUGCUGCCGCCACGGGAAUGGUCAUGUGCUACGCCACCAUGCUCACGUUCGAACCACAGCCCGUCCAAUUCCAUGUCCAGCAUCCAUUUAACUAUUACAUUAUUAAUAAGGAUUCUACUAUUUUGUUUGCGGGAAGAAUCAACAACUUUUGAACAUAGCACUCCAUCAAAAUACACCAAUCACAACCGUUGAACUGAAUUUCAAUGUAAUCCCAAUUCGCAGGUUUGGUCAUGAGCCUUACUUCGCUGCCCAUGCCGAAGCCGGAUCCGAUACGUUUCCAUGUCGACCAUCCAUUUACAUUUUACAUCCUUAACAAGGACUCAACCGCUCUCUUCGCUGGCAGCAUAAAAAAACUCUAAAUAAGCAAACAUACUAACACCAAUCCACAUUUAACAUGCAGCUGGGUCAGUCCUAUAUUGCUGGCUUGUCGAGCAUAUUCAGCUUUUACCUUGUCUGUAAGGAUAUACAAAACAUUAGUCUGUGCGCAAUCGAUGAUCUUAUAUAUACACUUAAUAUUUUUGUACUAACGAAGCAUGUGGCCUCAAUAAAGUCUAAAAGUCUG